AUGCAGGUUCUCAGACUCCUGUUUGUCCUCAGUACCUUCCUGGACCUCUUGACACUCAGUCUGGUCCGGGCUAACCCGCACUGGCGCUACAAGCGAGCCCUCCUCUCCCGGGCGGAGAGUAGUCAGGCUGGCCCCGGGGAGGAGCCGUGCAGGACGGCGGAGCGAAGAGGCAGGAGCCGGCGCUGGGCAUCGAGGUCCCGGCUCGCCCUGUACCCGCGGCGGCAGCAGGAGCAGGGGGCUCCCUGGGCGCUGGAGUACGGCCAGUCGGCCGGCAGGAGCAGCCUGUCCCCCGAGGGCGGAGAGAGCGGCGGCGGCGGAGGCGGCGGCGGCGGCUACCCCGGGGAGUGCGGCGGAGGGAGAUACAGCGGCGCCUCAUCCCCCGGAGGAGGCAGCUCCCUGUCCCAUCCCCGCGGCUGGGGCUCCGGGCCGGCGGAAUGCGAGCCCCGGGCCGGCACCGUCCUCUACCUCUCCGGGGGCAGGGAGCGUCUGAAGUUGCGGCGGGAGGUCAGGAUGCCUCGGGGACCAUUCACCGCCGACGUGUGGCUCAAACCGGAGGGAGGGCAGAACAACCCGGCUGUGGUGGCAGGGCUUUUUGAUAACUGCUCCUAUUCACUCAGUGAGAAGGGCUGGAUGAUUGGCAUUCAAUCGGUAGAAUAUUCUGGAAGGAAGGAUCCCCGUUUCUUCUUCUCCCUCCGUACAGACCGAGCGAGGAAUGCCACCACGGUUUACGCCCAUCACCGUUACCAUGCCAAUACCUGGACCCACGUGGCCACCUCUUAUGAUGGCCGGCAGAUGAAGCUGUAUGUGAACGGAGCCCGAGUUGGUGCGAGCACCGGACAGUUGGGGGAUUUGCACAGCACAUUUAUGAGCUCCUGCCGGACAUUGCUAAUUGGUGGGGACAGCUCGGAGAAUGGACACAGUUUCCGUGGUUACCUGGCUAGCUUCACCCUGUGGAAAACUGCAAAGUCUCAAGAAGAAUUAAUGCAGAGUUACCGUCAAGGUAUCCGUAGGGGAGAUUCCUUCUUGGUCUUAAAUGCAGAUUUCUCUAAAAUGGAAGAUCAAUGGAUACCAGAUAAGGACAGGCAUUAUCCCACCUGGGAAAUUAUGCUUCUGCCGGGGCCUAAGCUGGCAUCGCCUUUGAUCCCUCCACCAUGUGGACUGACCGUUUGUGACAAUGUUGAUGUCAUUAAGAACUACAACAGUUACUGGCCGCUCCGGGAUGAAAAGCUGAUCCGCUACAGAGUGAUCAACAUUCACGAUGAUCGACGGCUCAACCCCACUGUCUCAAAGCAGCAGAUUGAGCUCCAGCACCAGGCCUUGAACAAGGCCUUCAGCAGGUACAACAUCACCUGGGAGCUCACCGUCACCGAAGUCCUCAACAGCACCAUUCGGAAUCGAAUCAUCCUGGUCAACUGUGAGAAGAGCAAGAUCGGGAAUGACCACUGUGAUCCUGAGUGCGACCACCCCUUAACAGGGUAUGAUGGAGGGGACUGCCGCUUCCUCGGGAGGUGCUAUGUUUGGAAGCGGAGGGAUGGGUUCUGUAACAUGGAGUGCAACAAUAUCCUGGAUGACUUUGAUGAUGGUGACUGCUGCGAUCCCACGAUUACAGAUGUGAAGAAAACUUGUUUUGACCCAGACUCCCCAGAAAGGACCUACAUGAGCGUGAAGGAACUGAAGGAGACACUGCAGAUCAAUGGCUCUAUGUACCUGAAUGUCUAUUUUGCUAACUCAGUGCGGGAGGAGCUGGCGGGAGCUGCCACCUGGCCCUGGGAUAAAGAAGCCCUGAGUUACUUGGGUGGGGUAGUCCUGAGUCCAUCUUACUAUGGGAGGCCUGGCCACACAAACACCAUGAUCCAUGAGCUUGGCCAUAUUCUGGGCUUGUACCACGUCUUCAAAGGAGUGAGUGAGAAGGAGUCAUGUGAUGACCCAUGCAGGGAAACGGACCCUUCGAUGGAAACUGGGGACUUAUGUGCAGACACCGCGCCAACUCCCAAAAGCAAACUCUGUCGAGAUCCUGAUCCAGUAAAUGACACGUGUGGACAAAUGCAGUACCAUGGCACACCAUUCGACAACUACAUGAGCUACACAGAUGAUAGCUGUACUAAUAAGUUUACACCAAACCAAGUGGCACGUAUGCAUUGUUACCUGGACCUGGUGUAUCAAGGAUGGAUCCAUUCUAAAAAGCCAUCACCCAUUUCAAUGGCUCCGGAUGUGAUAAGACAGACUGUGAACUCUGUAACCAUUCACUGGCUGCCUCCAAUCAGUGGGAUGCUGUAUGAAAGAGAGGUGGGAAAUCUGUGCGGGGACUGCGAUGAGGAUGGGAAAUUUUAUCAGUACGCACACACAGCUUCUUCACCUCGUAUCUGCGACGCAUCGGGCUACUGGACUCCAGAAGAGGCAGUGGGAUCUCCUGAUGUGGAGGAGCCGUGUGAGCCCAGCCUACGGGCCUGGAGCCCAGAGCUCCACCUCUACCACAUGAACAUGACCGUGCCCUGCCCCCAGCCAGACGGCUGCAUGCUGGACCUGCGCUUUGCCCACCCUGUCGUCGCGGACUCGCUGUCGGUGUGGGUGACCUACUUGUCUGCUGGCUCGGACAGGACCAUCUCCAAUGUGGAGAUCCUGACCGUCGAUGGGGAGGACAUUCAGCUUGGAGGGGCUUACCACACCUUCUGUGACAUCCCUCUCACCAUUAAAGUCAACGUCAAAAAGAAAGUGGUCGGGGUGAAGGUCUACACUUUUGACGAGAAGCUGGAGCUGGAUGCUGUGCUACUGACAUCCAGAGUCCAGGAUCCCCUGUGCACCAAGUGCAAGGCCCUGAAGUACAAGAUUGUGAGGGAGCCUCCAUUUCAGAAAGGGCGAGCGGUGACUGUCACCCGGAUGGAAAGAACAUUCGCUGACUGGGAGGUGACACCAGGCAGAGUUUACAGUUACCAAGUGAAGGUGGCAGCCGGAUCAAGCUCCAGUGAACUGACCCCACCUCUGAUCUACAUACAUGGCAGUCCCUUUUGUGGGGACGAACGAGUGGAAAAGAACCUUGGAGAAGAAUGUGAUGAUGGUAAUUUAUUAGACGGUGAUGGCUGUUCAAGGAAGUGUCAAAAAGAGGAAAGUUUCAACUGUGUGGGGGAGCCCAGCCUCUGUUACGUGUAUGAUGGAGAUGGAGUCUGUGAAGAGUUUGAGAGAAGAAGCAGCAUUCGUGACUGUGGCUUUUCUACACCCGAGGGUUUCACUGACCAGUGGGCAACACAGGCCUUCACUUCCCACCAGGAUGAAAGGAGAUGUCCAGUUAAAGUGGUAACUGGCCAUCCUGCCAUAACUAAGGUUUGUCAGACUGAAUUUCUGGAUGUGAGUGAUGGCCUGUCCCAGUAUGCCUGGUUCCCAUGUACUGUUCGCUUCUACACUGUUAGUGCAUGGGACUUUAACAAGCACUAUUCAUAUCACAACUCUGAUAUGGAAAACAAGUUCUGGCUGAAGGUCAGUUUUGAUCACCCUGGUGUGGCCAGUUCGAUUCUAAUUUAUUUAUCUGCAGAUGGCACAACACUGUAUGAUCAACAGCGCAAAUCGGUUACAGUCCAGCUCAUUGACACCAGUGGACACAACCAUUCUCUGGGUGCUCAUGAGCUGAACUGCCAGAGGAACCCACUGAUCAUAAAUGUCACUUACAACCACAGCAUCCCCUUUUUUAAGACGGCAUCAAUGCUGCUGAACUUGUCUUCGCCGUUAAUAGCUAUCUCUGGGGUAGCUCUGCGCACAUACAGUCUUUUCAAUCCUCUCGCCAUGUCCAACUGUGUAGAGCAAGAGAGAUACAAGAAACACAAGCACAGCUGUGCGCAAUGUUCCUAUGGUCAAAGCCAGUGUGAAACAUUGUCGGUGAUUCAUGCGACCGUCAACUGCACUGUGGGCAAUAGUGUGCAAGUGGACUGCCAUGUCACCUGCGCAAAAGGAUUGUCUUUGAAAACCGUAUGUGGCAAACACGUUGUUCCUCUUCAGAGAAAUGUUUCCCUUACUUGCAAGUAUGGAAAAUGGGACCGAACUGUGACCUGCGACCCCGUCAACUGUGGAUUUCCUGACCAGUCACAUGUUUACCAUGCCAGCUUUUUCUGCCCAGAGGGUACCACCUAUGGAAAGCAAUGCAUCUUCUCCUGCAACCCACCAGCUAAACUGCAAGGUGAAAACCACUUGCUGAUGUGUAUGGAGGAUGGCCUGUGGUCACUCCCUGAGGCCUACUGCAAGGUGGAAUGUCUCGCUGCGCCACCAAUAGCCAAUGCCAAGCUGCUGGUGCCAAGGUGUCAACAAGGAGCUCAUGACGUUGGUUCUGUCUGUAGAUACAAAUGCAUCCCCGGCUAUUAUGUUCAUGGCAAUAGCGACAAGAGAUCCAGGAAGAAGUUCCUGAAACUACAGUGUUUGGAAGGUGGGCAUUGGGAGCUUGGUAGCUGUGACCCUGUUCUAUGUGAUCCUCCUCCUCCUGUCUUUGAGGGAAUGUACCACUGUACCAAUGGUUUUGAGUUUGACAGCCUCUGUAUUAUACGCUGUUAUGAUCACACUGAAAAGGAGCCCAUCCGUUGUACUAAAGAUGGCACUUGGACAGAAGACUUUACUCUGUGUGAGCAGGUGUCUGGAGAUUGCCUGCCUCCCCCAGAACUGAACUUGGUGGAAUAUAUGUGCGCUGAUGGACAUGCAAUAGGUUCUGUGUGUAUUCCAUCAUGUCUGAUACCCCCCAGUGAUGCAGUGGUUUUGCCCAGUAAUGUAACUGCCGACACGAUGGAACACUGGAUGGAACCACCCAAAGUGCAGAGUAUGGUGUGCACAGGAAUGCUGCAAUGGCACCCGGAACCCCACCUUAUCCACUGCAUCCAAUCGUGUGAGCCUUUCCAAGCUGAUGGUUGGUGUGAUACAAUCAACAACAGAGCAUACUGUCAGUACGACGGAGGGGACUGCUGCCCAUCAACGCUUUCUUCCAGAAAGGUGAUCCCUUUUGCUGCUGACUGUGACGAACAAGACGAAUGUACAUGUCGGGACCCCAACGCUGAGGAGAACCUUCCGAGGAAAAGAGAGCUCGGAUUUCACUAA